AUGCUAAGGAGCCGUUUCUUCCUGCCGACGAGCACUUUUGUCAGAUAUGCUUCUCAACAAGGGAACAAGAGAUUCAUGCAAACUAUUCCAGGUACUUCCAAGGGCGUUAAUGUCGAUUUCGGUCGCCUCAACUACAAACUUGAACCUCAAAUCUCCUCCGAGAAGCGCCCGCAAGGAAAUAGAAGCUCCCGAUGGGCUGCUCACGGAUUGGCAACUCCAGCAAUGCCCCGCGAAGCACCCAAAAACAAUACAGACGAGGUUAUUACAAUUGCCAUGCCUCCUGCGCGGAAAUCCAGAGCUUCUCGUUUCAAAAACGUAGAGAGCAAAGAACAAAAGACUGAACAAAAAGUAGCACAAGUUGCUCCAGAGCAAGUCCAAACAACUCCAGAACCGCCUGCAGCGUCAGCAGCGGAGGAGCAACCCAAGGUGGAACAGACCACUAAAGCUAAAAAGCCUAGGAGACAAUUGCGUCCAAGAAAAGCAUUGAUCACAUUAUCACCAGGUGCAGUCGAACAUCUUCGGGCUUUGCUCGAUCAGCCAAACCCGCAGCUUAUCCGAAUCGGUGUCCGCAACAGAGGAUGUUCGGGCUUGACUUACCAUUUGGAGUAUGUGGAUAAGCCAGGUAAGUUUGACGAAUUGGUCGAACAAGAUGGCGUGCAAGUGCUUAUUGAUUCAAAAGCACUCUUCUCCAUUGUCGGAUCAGAGAUGGACUGGAUCGAUGACAAGCUUCUGUCUCGAUUCAUUUUCAAGAACCCCAACUCAAAGGGCACCUGCGGCUGCGGUGAGUCUUUCAUGGUAUAG